UCAUUAUCAGAUUACGACUUAGACCGCUUAUUAUCAGACCUCAGAGCUUUAAAAUGAGCGCUGUUACUUUAAGCAACCCGUCAUCCUCCUACUACACAUCGUCUACGGACUACAAACCAGUAAAGCUCAGUCCAUUGAACCUAACAAAUCUGCCAAAGCUGGCUCCAACCGAAGAAGGAAAGAGAUUGGCUGCAUAUGCGGCUGUUGACGCCAACAUCAGUGACUCCAGCAAGGUUAUUGGUAUAGGAUCAGGUUCGACUGUUCCCUACGUUGUGGAGAGAAUAGUACAACAAGGUGCAGCACUUAAUGAAGAGCGCGUUUUUAUUCCAACUGGCUUCCAAUCAAAGGAGCUCAUAGUGAAGAAUAACUUAGUCUUAGGUGACGUGGAUCAAUACCCAACCAUAGAUGUAACUAUCGACGGUGCAGAUGAAGUAGACAACAAUCUAAACGCCGUCAAAGGUGGUGGUGCAUGCCAUUUACGUGAAAAAGUACUGGCGGAAGCCGCGAAGAUCUUCGUAAUUGUCGCAGACGAAAGGAAAAAUAGCAAAUUGUUGGGCACAAGCUGGACGCAAGGUGUACCAAUUGAAGUAGCACCAUUUGCUUAUGCGAAGGUACUAAAGAAUGUCGCCAAAUUGGGUAGCACCAAGCCUGCUCUCAGGAUGGGUAUAAAGAAAGCAGGCCCUGUUGUUACUGAUAAUGGAAACUUCCUCAUUGACGCUCCAUUUGGAGAGUCUUACUACAGGGAUCCUAAGGAGCUUCUGAUGAGAAUAAAGAUGCUUACAGGUGUUGUCGAGGUUGGUCUUUUCUGCGGUAUGGCUAAAGCAGCUUAUUUUGGUUACUCUAAUGGAUCUGUACUUAUACGCUCUGCCGAUGGCACAAUCUCUGAGCAGAGCUCAAUUUGAGUCUUACAUUUUGAUUUUUUUAUGCAUGUUUCUCUUUAUAU